CUUCGCUAUUCUCACAACCUUUUACUGGGACUAAGUCGUUGGCCCGAACCCCUUGUCCUGAAACAAGCUCAACACUAGUUUUGUAUAUAUUUCGGCGCAUCUCGGUAUUUUCUACACUGUCUUUUUUAUUUCAUCUGUGCAUAUUUUGAUAAGGGAGAAUUGUAAAUCUUACAGUACAUACUUGGUAACAAUACGCAAUCAUGGCUUUGAAUACCCCGUUAAACCGCGCUGAUGAAGUUGAAGAUGUUUUUUUAUUUCCUUUUCCCACUCAACCUCUGCCCCUUUUAUCUUACCCUCUUACUAACAAAAAACACCAGCUCCUCUCAACGCUUCAAUCUCUCAUCCUUCCUUUCAUCCGCUCAGCUGACUCCGCGCCUCUCACCAAAUCUGACGGCGGCAAAGAUGGCGAAGCGAGAACGGCGUUGGUCGAGUAUCAUGCUCCGAAGGAGUUGAAGGAGAUUUUUGGACUGGUUUUGCCGGAUGGGGUGGGGGAAAAGACUGAAGGGGGUGGGAAGGAGGGUCUUUUUGAGAUUGUGGAGAAGGUUUUGAGGUUUAGUGUUAAUACUUGGGAUCAGGGAUUCUGUGAGUUUUCUAUUUAUUAUUUGUUUCUUUGGGAAGUUCGGGAGAGUAUGAUCCGAGGAGGAGGGAGAUGGGUAAUUUGGGAGCAGUGAUAUUGUGAGAGCGUGGCUGACUUUUUGAUAGUGGAUAAGUUGUAUGCUAGUACGAACGCUGUAAGUCAAUAUCACAAUUUGACUAGAAGUCGAGGAGACAUUGUUUAGCUAAUCAUACAGUAGGUCGGUCUCGUUUCCGAAUUAUUGCUAGCAGUUUUAAACACAAAUGUAAGUUUUUUCCCUUGCCUUUCUCGCUUCCCAUUUCAUUCUAACAAGCAACACAGGUCCAGUAAGUUCCUCAUAAGACCAACCCCACAACAUCAUCAAAACCAAACCAACUAAUCAUCAUAUCCUCUCAGCGUCUACCAAGUCUCCCCCACUUUAACCAUAAUCGAAAAAACCACAACCAAAACUCUCGCCCAAAAAUUCGGUUUCAACGGCCCAUGCUCCGGCGGAAUCUCCACACAAGGCGGCUCAGCCUCCAACACCACAUCCCUAAUCCUAGCACGCAACACUCUUUAUCCAUCAACUAAGAUUCAUGGAAAUGUAACACAUAACUUUGUCCUCUUCACUUCUUCUCACGGACACUACUCCCUCGAGAAAGCCGCUCAGAUGUGUGGUCUCGGCACGGCUUCUGUGAUUCCCGUGCCUAUUGAUGCAACGGGACGUAUGAAAGUCGAUGAGCUAGAACGGCUGAUUAAGGAGUGUAAGGGGGAGGGCAAGACGCCUUUUUAUGUUAACGCCACAGCGGGGACGACUGUCCUGGGUAGUUUCGAUGAUUUCGAGGCUAUUUCGACGGUUUGCGAGAGAGGGGGAUUAUGGAUGCAUGUCGAUGGAUCAUGGGGAGGAUCAGUGAUCUUCUCCGAGAAGCAAAGACACAAGUUGAAGGGUGUCGAGAAAGCAAACAGUGUGGCUGUCAACCCACAUAAAAUGCUGGGUGUUCCAAUGACCUGUUCAUUCCUCCUCGGUCCUGACAUGAGGGUCUUCCAUAAAGCGAAUACCUUACCAGCAGGUUACUUAUUCCACGCCAACGAAGAGGACUCCACCCCUGAAUCCGCAGAAGCCCCAAUAGAUGAAGAAGUAUGGGACCUCGCAGAUCUCACCCUGCAAUGCGGCCGACGGGGAGACUCCCUAAAAAUGGCACUGCACUGGAUAUACUACGGGUCCUCGGGGAUCUCAGCACAAAUCGACCACGCUUUCUCCAUUGCUUCCUACUUUACCGGUCUCCUCGCGUCGAAACCUACUUUCGAACUUGUUUCUGAGAAUCCGCCGCCGUGUUUGCAGGUCUGCUUUUAUUAUAAGAAGGAUGGUGUGCUUGGGGAUGAGAGGGAGAAUGGGAGGACGACGGCGAGGGUUGUGAAGGGCCUGGUUGGCAGGGGCUUUUUGGUGGAUUAUGCGCCGGGGGUGAAGGGGGAGAUGUUUAGGGUUGUGGUUAAUGUUCAGACGAGGAGGGAGACGGUCGAUGGGCUUGUGAGGGCGGUUGAGGAGGUUGGGGGGAGGUUGUAG